CGAGGGACAAGGAUUACCAUGCCCGCGGCAGUGCUCUUGUUAUCUUGAAUUGUUAAUGCAGGUGCCGAGUCUGCGAUCGACGCCGUUUCCGCCUCAUGUCAUCCAAGACAGCAGUCAUUGGAUGGUCAACAAAUGGGCAACGUGGAAGUCAACGGUGGCUUCCAGAUGCGACCCCCAGCUGGCCCCGGAUUAGGUUGACUCGGACUUGACACAUCAAAUGCGCGUUCCUGGUACAAUAGACAUGCCCGAUACACUGCCGGUCCGAACAACCUGCCGAAUACCGCCAUCGCUGCAGCAGCCACAGACCGAUCCGUCAUAUGACAUGCACCCAACAGGAGCCUAAUAUUGCUAGACGGGACUGUCGUUGUCCGAAGCAAUGGACAGCUCCGGCCUGCUGCCAUCGUACGAGGAUGCCACAACAUCACCAGACUGGUUGGACCUUGUCGCGCCCUACAUCCCAAUACAGCAGUAUGCGAGCCUCUGCGUUGUGUCGAAGCGCUUCUACCACCAGUUCGCGCGGCGCCUCUGGAAUGACCCCAUCACUGUUAUCUGCCUGCUCAAACCCAGUCCUGAUCCCCAGAGCCUUCUCAACCUCCUGGGCCAUGCCUCUCGAAUCCCAGCAACCAGCAGUCUGCCCUCCUUCGUCCGCUCCUUGGAUACAAGACGCCUCGUUGCGGACCCCACUUAUCCCUUUCUGUCUCUGCUCCCCACGAGGCCCCUCUCGACCCUGCUCUCGGACAUUGCCUGUACCUUCCCUCAGUCGAGGUGCAUUCUUCUGGAUAGCUAUCCCGGUCUGGAGCCCCAAUCGCCGACGAACCGGGCGAGCUUCGACCGGCUGUUAUCUGCCGAGCCCCCGUUACUCCUGAGCAUCUCACGAUGCCAGGUGGAGCUGCCGGCUUCUUACUUUUCUUCCAGCUACUUGAAAAAUCUCGUGUACCUGGAUGUCUCUGACAUGCCUGGCUCUCUGAAGACCCCUCUUUUCGACGAAACCCUCAAUUCAAAGAACCUGCCCAGUCUGCGCAUUUUCAAGGCUCGGGGGAGGGAGGUGGACUAUCUCACUGGGAUUGCGCUCUUCGCGGUCUUCAGGAAGCAGCUGUGGAGUGUGGAUCUGAGCAGAAAUAAGCUCACCGAUAGCAUUGUUGGGGUCAUGAGUGCUUUCUCCUUUCCACCGCAGAUAUCGGGAACAGGCAAUCCAGACAUUGAAGGCCGACUCGUUCAUGGAAUGGAGGGCAGCGAGUCGUUUGGGGAGUUUCGCUUCGUCAGCGAGUCGAGUUGGAGCGCUACUUUUAGUCACCCUCUCAGACAUUUCGCCGAUGCUCCUUCCUACACAGAACAUGCUGAGGAUGGAAAUCUUCGGUCCGUCAGCCGCCGCCUAAGUGGUGGAAGCAAGAUACGUCCUGACUCGCCGGAUGCUAUCAAGACCCUGUUAUCUGGCAGAGUCGGCUUCCAUAGCCCGCUAUUGAAAAACGUGCUGGCCUCAAGUAUUUGUCACGGCCAUCAUGGCAUCACCCAUCUGCACCUGAACGGGAACAACAUCUCGGCCUCCGGUCUGGCCAAGAUGAUCAGGUCGUCUCCAGGGCAGCUGCGGCACCUUGAGUGUGACUCCUUAGCGUUUAACCAGCAUAACGGAAUUUAUCUCUCCUGGCUCUCCAAGGCGAAACUGUCGGGCACACUCGGCUGGGCGCACGUCUUCCGUCCCGUCUUCUCAGCAAACCUGCAGGUGCUGCGUAUCCAUCACUCGCUCGUUACGCAGCUGCUGUCACUCGAGCUUGCCGGGCACGGGCUGUCGCCCAUGGCGAAGUGGUGGAUGGUUGAGACACAAGUGCUCCCGCGGGCGGAACUCGCAUAUCCCGAGGCAUUCGUCCCAGACAUGAACCCCAGGCUGCAGUCGCUCACCCUGACCAAUAUCCCAAGGUACUCGACGGGCCCACUGAUUGAGAAACUGAUCAACCUCCUGAAGUUGGCGUCGAUGCAGGAGCGGGCUAUCCAGGAUGUCAAGACCGAGGGUCGCCGUGGUCCGGCGACACUGCUCGGCUUGCGCCAUAUCCGCUUGGAGUUUGAGCUUAAUCCGCUUGAAGUGUUUGGGCACAACCUCUCUGGCGGCGACCUUGAUUUCGACGCUGCAGCGGUUAUGGACGAUUCCAGCAAGCAGUUCAGCUUCUUUGAUUCGACCUGGUCGUCGUCGCCAUCAACCUCCAAGCCAUCAUCAAGUUCAAAGACGGUAUCCGCAGUGACUCAACCACCCCCAGUCUCAGAAUCCGGGAACACAACCAAUCAGUCGGCCCGACCUGACUUACCAACACCUCCUCCUCCGCCGUCGACUGAAACAUCCCGCCCUCCCGCACCAGAACCAGUGCCACAGUACCUAUCCCACACCUGGGAAUGGGAGUCUUCACCCGUCACCCGCGGCAUCUGGGUCGGUCCAGGCCCAGGCUCACGCCGGAACCCUACGCCUGCCGUGCGCGAAUACAUGCAGCUCGUCCGCUUCAACUCUGGCCAGCUCCAGGUCAACCCCGUGCCCGCCACGCCGUGCCAUGUCGCUGCCGGCGUGCCGGAGAAGGAGAUCAUCUUCUCCGCGGCGUGGGACGCCAUCUUGCAUAAUAACCCUCUCACCGGCAUCAACCCGGACGGAGAACGAAGGCCAAGCGGGUACCUCGUUUUCUAUCCCCCCAAACCGACCCGUGCCGACAUACGGGGCAUGAAGGAUGUCAUUGCCGCGAUUAGGGCAUACAGAGACUGGACUAGGAGGGCGUACGCGGAGGCUUGCAGACGAGCGAGGGAGGAGACGCAAGGCAAGGGCAAGGAGGAUGGGGAGGAGGAGGCGAAGUUGGGGCCGCCGCAUUUUCAUUGGACGGGGAGGCUGGAGGUGGUACGAUGGGAUGCGAAGGAAGGGCUUGUUUCGUCGUGACUUUAGCGGUGGUGCGUUUGGGUUUGGUUACUUGCUAGCUGUAGGGUUCAGCAUUAUGGGGGUAUGGUUAGAUGGCCCGUGAGAGCAUUUGGUUUGCUUUAGUUUAGUAUUUGGUGUUACGGCGGAUUGGGCUUCAUCUGGUUAUGCGGUGAUUGACUAUCUCACCAUCCUUAGCGAAGUUCUCGUCAUUCAUAAGGCGACUAUCGAGUCAGUGAGCGAAGAACAGUCGUAAUGAAGUACACC